AGGCAAAUAUAAGCCUGCAGAAACCAUCUCCAAAAGGUACACAAAAUGAGCUCCAAUGGCGUUUCUGCAACCAUCUCCAAAAGAUUGGCCGGAAAAGUCGCUCUGAUCACCGGCGGAGCGAGCGGGAUCGGCGCGUCGACGGUGAGGCUUUUCGUGAAGAAUGGAGCCAAAGUGGUGAUCGCUGACGUUCAAGACGACCUCGCCGCUGCCCUCUGCAAGGAGCUCGAUGAUGCCACUGACCACGACGUUUCCUAUUUCCAUUGUGAUGUCACUAAUGAAUCCGACAUCUCGAACGCUGUCGACUUUGCUGUUGAUAAGUACGGAAAGCUCGACAUCAUGUUCAACAAUGCUGGCAUCCGUGGCGAUGUUACUGCCACGACGAUGAACACCGACAUGAAUGACUUCAAGAAAGUCUUCGAUGUCAAUGUGUUCGGUACUUUCAUGGGAGCCAAACACGCUGCUAGGGUCAUGGUUCCUGCAAAGUCAGGGUGUAUCCUGUUCACGUCGAGCAUGGCGUCGGUGAUUUGUAGUGGAAACACACCGGCAUAUUCCGCAUCAAAACAUGCCAUUGUGGGAUUGAUGAAGACACUCGCGGUGGAACUCGGGCCUCAUGGGAUCAGAGUGAAUGCAAUGUCGCCGUUCGCGGCAGUGACGCCAAUGUUGCUACCGUCGAUGGACGUCGAGCAGAAGAAGGCAAUGGAAACCCUAAUUUACAUGUCGGGAAACUUGAAAGGAGCAAUGAUGGAUGUUGAAGAUAUAGCUAAAGCAGCUCUAUACUUAGCUAGUGACGAGUCGAAAUAUGUUAGCGGACUAAAUAUGGUGAUUGACGGUGGGUUUAGUCUUACUAACCCGAGUUUUGAAUUAAGUGUUAAAGCUUAUGCACAAUCAUCGUGAUUAAUCCUCGUUUAAGAGAUUCAAUAAAUUUAUGAUUUUCUGUU